AUGCCCCCCAAACAGCCAAAAUCCAAUCUUCUCGAGGACAAUGAGGGUAUCGUCUCUUCUAGCAAAGCAAUCCUUCGCUUCGGGGCACAGAUAUAUGAGGAGUACUCCCGGACACCAUUAGCUACCCGGAGGGAUGGUCUGCAGCUCAGCCGCUUUGGGGACUACCUUCACCACUUCGGCUUCUCCCUGGAACUAGAGGCGGCUACGCGCGAAGGCUAUGCGACGCCGAUGCCCAAUACUAAAGUGCCGAAGGUACACGCUAAGGAGACUCUCGACAGGGAGGGACUUCCAUCGAUUGACACGGCGGAGAUAGACACUUAUAGUAGCCAUAUGGCUUCUGAGAUGCGUGAUAAGCUGCCUACGAUGGAUCUUGGCGCACUCGCGGUGUCGGUGAGCGCACCCUACGACGGUGCAUCAUGGCGUCAGACCAAGGAGGGGUGUGAGCUGAUGAAGGUUCGAUGCCUGUAUCAGUGGCUCUGCGGGUAUUUCGAAAUCUGUCUACAUGAGCUUGUUGAUCCUCAAGGGGCUGGUGAAAAGAGAGACGAAGACUCUACGAAGCCCACGGAGAGCUUUCCAGGCGCACGCACCAAAGCAGCGACAGGCCGUCCCAACGUCAAUCUCCGAGCGACGAUGCUUAAAAACAAAAACCAGAAAGCGGUGGUUGUAGAGGAACCUGCGCCACCACCGGAUCCCAUCGAAACGGCCUUGCGGACUCACGUGGCCACCCCAAGAACGGUGGCCGUCAUUUACCAGCGAAUGCUGCAGGCAGUUAACGUGCCCUGCGAGGUGGUAGAGGGUUGGCUUAAGGGGUAUGCCCCGGGAGAAGCCUUUGAGUGGACAUGGAAUCGCGUACAGGUCUAUGGACGGGAUUACCUCGUAGACAUCGCCGGCUCCAUCUAUCGAGGGCCACUGCGCUGCACCGGGCAACCUGUGAAUCCUUUAGGUUUGCUUUCGAAGGGUCAGGGGUCAUUAGGGGCCGCCACCAGCCACAAAACGGCUGGUCCCCUCAAUCUAGGCAAACGACAACCUGAGAAGAGGGACGUCUCUGUUGGGUCUACUAGUACCACUCGUUCGAUAUCGCAAGUAGAGCUACCAAACGUAUCCCUUGGCAAGAUGCCACGGUUUCUCACCACUCAGCAAGUUGUUGACUCCUAUUUCUUUGUGUGCCCAGAACAUUUCAUUCACACACACUUCCCUCGAGAUCCAAGGGAUAGCCUGUUGAAACAGCCACCACCCCGCGUUGCUUGGGAUGUGUCGCCGCGCCUUGCGGAGAGCUACUUUCGCCACAGUGGUUUGAGUUUGCGUUCUCAUUGUCGUACCAGUCUCUUGUCGUUUUGUACGUCACCCUUUUACAUUACUUUUCUUAACGAGACACCUUCCACGACAGAGCUGUGUUGUGUGUUGUACCCAGGGACCUUGAAAGAGCUUCCGGAAGAUUUGAAUGGCGCUCAGCCACUGGGCCCACAGUGGGUAUGGAAUCAACGCCAGGAGAGUACCUGUGAGGAGACCUUCACUUUGAUGGUGCCCCAAAGUGGCUUUUAUUGCGUUGUCAUCGGUGCACGGCUAAUACGUGCAGAUCCUUAUAACAGUACUGUGGUCAGCGCAGAAGAGUUUAUCCCGCUCGUACGGUAUCAAGUCAAAGUAAAAUUCAUACCAUCCUCCAUCCCUUUGUUACCGCGGCAACAUCUGUCUCCUGUCAUCUGCCGUCUUAUCUCGCCGCUCUCGCAGCAGCUUCAGGAGGGGAAGCACAAGUUUGCUGUGAUGCCCUCUUGUAGCAACAUCAGCGCAGUUGCGGUUGUGGUGUGCCGCCCUGGAAACAGGGAGACCGCAGACUCAGACACUCGGAGAGUGCAGCAGUUCCUGCGCUUUCUGCCGGAGCGAGCAGCCUACGAGGGUGAGGUCAUGCUGCACGCUGGGCAUUUGGUCGAGGUAUGGGUGCUCUACGGCGGGCCGGAUCGAAAUGGUCAAACAUUCGAAGAGCGUGUGAAGUUGGCGCGGCCUGCCGCCGAUGGUCAUUCAUCCUCUGCUCAGAAUCCACAGGCCGCCGUACCUCGAAUGAAAAGGCCUGCGAGUUUUAAAAAGAAACCCUUAAAAAGGGAUGUGGCUGCUGCUGAGGCCAGCGUUAUGAUAGAGGAAACACGUUCCCUUGCCCGACGCCUGGCAGAAGCUCAGGUGUUUAUACCCAUGAUCACUAAUAUUGAGGUAAGGCUUUUAUUAUCCAAGGAUGUGGAUACAAUGAUCCAACCACAGCCCUCGAUAGAGGUAGAGCGUGCGGCAACCUGGCGACGGUUAAUGGGCAAUACCUCAGAAUUACAUCGAGAAUCUGUUGAUCAACAACAGCGUUUGCCGCGCAUAGGUUGUGUGGGGACCUACUUCAAUGGAAGGGCCACAAGCGUAUAA